GUCUCGGUCCUGCUCAUAAUCCUGCUCCUGGCCUCAAUCUUGACUUUUAAACUUUGACUAUUGUCUCUUGUUUGAUUAUAUCGUCAUAUUUCGCCCUAGCCAACGUUCGUGACCAACUCCUUGGAUUACUUAUUAAAUAUCACUACCGAUCUCCCGCCUCCGCUCCAAUUUCUCCCCAGAUCCUCGGCUUCUUGUGGACUUUAUUUCCCCCUCUUACUUCCCCCACACGCAGAUCAGUUAUUCAAUUCAAAAUAUUCAGUCGACGACUUCUUUUGCUUCAAUAUAGCAUUCAGCAACUGGUUUGUGCUGAGACUGUAAAGCUCGAAACGUCUCUCACCAAUACCCGCAAAGCCCAUGCGCCACCAUCUCAAUUCCUGGAUGGAAACCGCAUGAUUGACUUUGUGAUCCUUCGAUCAUCUAUAUUCGCCACCACAUAACGACCACGAUGUUGCUGUACACCAGACUCGCACCACCCAAGGUCCCUAAGAAGCGUUCGCGCGCCGACGGACUUGCUAACUCGGACGUUUUUGUCGUCGCACAGGAUGCAGUUACUGAAAAGAAGAAGAAAUGUGACGAGAUUCGACCUGCAUGCGCCCGAUGCCAAGAACGUGGCCAGGAGUGCAAUUACGAACCUGUCCGACCUCGUCAGAGGCGCAAGCGUGAAGCAACUGUUCCCUGCUCGCCAUUUGACACAAACUCUUCCUCGAGCUCGGACAGGGCAACUCAUGUUUUGGAUAUCCAUGCCACCUCCGAAUGGAACGACGAUGCGCAUGAUAGAUCAGCUGACGAAGACUCACUCGACGACACUCCUGUUACGACUCAGGCACCAAUACUCAACACUUCUCUCGUCAAUCGUACUGCCAGCAUAUCCACAAAUGACCCUACUGACUGGGCGGCCACGGACCUUCCAAUAAUUUCACCUCUCGACUCGGUCGAUUUUCAAUUGCCCCCAUUCGAUGAUUCCAAGUAUGUCGUUCAACACAUCGAGAACGGAGAGGAGGAUAUCGAAGAGAUAGUUCGCCGGGAGUCCAUCACCAUCAAUAUUCCGACAACAACGUAUGCCAGCACAUACGCAGCCGCAUACGCCACCCCUAGCCCUUCACUGGCUAUGAUCGCGCCUAUUCCUACACAAUCCCCUCGACUUGAGUUCUGCGCUCCGGUAUUCACAGAGUUCUCCGAACGUACCAACCGACGUGCACUUGUCGACCAUUUCUGCAAUGUUUUGUCGCAUCUCAUCGUCUUCCGUGAAGAGAGUGGCAAUCCUUUCCAGCAGCUUGUUCUUCCCCUGUGCCAUGAGAGCCCUGCUGUCACCAACGCGGUUUAUGCUUUAGCGAGUGCUCAUCUCGAAUACCGUGGGGUUGAAAAUGACGAGAAGAGUGUCUAUUUUCACAACAGAGCUAUUCAGGGUCUGGCGCGGUUGAUUCAGAAGGGCUCAGGCGCAAACCGAAACGAGUUGCUGGCUGCUAUCAUGCUAUUAGUGUACUAUGAAGUGCUGGUACAAAAGGGUCGAUCCAAUAUCGUGGAUGGCCAUCUCAAAGGCGCCAUGACCAUCAUGAGCAACAAUGGAACUGCCACUGAUCCAACUGGCGUUUUCCUGGAGCGGGCAUUCCGUUUUUAUGAUGUUAUUGCGGCACUGUCAUUUGGUACUGCUCCUCUCUCUAGUGCUCCAGGCACAAAUUAUCUUACACCUUUCCCUCCUCUCGAUUCUUGUGGCGCCACAUCUCCCUUGGGCAGUGUCGACACUCUGCUGGGCAUGGCCACUUCCUUGUGGCCAAUCAUCCAUCGACUUUCCAACCUCUUGGCACUCAAGGAUCAGCUUGAUGUUGCUGUUGCAAACGAAGAGGUUUCCAAGGUUGCUGUUCUCCGAACGGAAUUUGAAACCUCGGCAACGGCUAUCGAGGCGGCGUUGGAGGACUGGCAUCCUGCCGUCCCCGAAAACUCUGUUCUGAAUCAAAAUCCUGAGGAAUUGAGCCCUGAGCAAACUGCAGAAAGGAGCCGACUCCAGAGUAUUCUUAGCAACGCUUUGUCUUAUCGUCACUCUGCUUUCGUCUACCUUUACCGGACCAUUUACAGCUACCCAAGGAGACACCCACUCGUACAGCGCCAUGCCCAUAUCAGUCUGACCCAUUGUGUCGGAACAGUCAGUAAUACAGGUCCUAUGAGUGCUCUUCUCUGGCCACUGUUUGUUGCUGCUUGCGAGGCCAUUACACUCGCUGAUCGCGAACUUGCCCGCCAGGCAUUCAUUGCUAUCAACCGCCGGCAAGGCAUGACAAAUAUUGACCGUGCAUGGACUAUUGCACAAGAAGUCUGGCGACGUGCGGACAAGGCCGAUAUGCUGCAGCAGCAAGAAGAGGCGAUGAUGAUGGGUGUCAGGAGUGGUGGUGAUCUCUGGAGAAGAGUGAGUGCAGAUAUGGGCGUAACCAUCGUUUUUGGAUAAGACAGGAAAGGAAAACACGGACGAGUCAUAUGAUAGCGACGACAGCGAACUGGCGAUACCCGUUCAGCAAUCAUUCACAGCUGGAUAUUAUUGGAGUUGAAAAGGAAUGGGAAGCGUAGUGACAUAUAUACAUAUUUGGGAUGGUUGGGAGCACUUGGAUUUGUGGAGGCGGCACUAUACGGUGAUUGUACCUGUAUGGCAUAUAUGAACGCG